AUGGCGGACGAGCGCCAUGGCUUCCUGGAGAGCUUCGCCGCGCUGCUGCUGCGCGUCCGGCCCGACAAGUGGAGCCAGUUUGUGGGCAGCGAGGAGGCCGCGGCCGUGCUGGACGAGUUCUUCAGGCAGCAGGACGUGCUGGAGCUGGUGCUGGGGCUGAACCCCGGCGGGCAGCCGCUGGCCGGCACCCGCUUCCCGCCCGCCCUCAGGGACAAGGGCAUCUACUUCGUGAAGAAGAAGAGCGAGAACAUCACGCGGGAGAACUGCCGGAGCGGGCUGCUGGUGGGAGACAUCGGCCCCUCGCCCGUGGAGCAGCUCAUCACCGUGGUGCAGGAGGUCGUGGCACCCCUGCUCUGGAGUGAGGACAACAUGGCAGGGUGGCCCAGGGUGGUGGUGGAGGACGUCAUGCAGCAAACCCAGCAGCUGAAGAACGAGAUGUUUGUGAUGGGUGGGAAGAUCCAGGGGAAGCCGCUGCUCCCACUGCCGGAGUGCCUGGACAGGCAGGAUGACUCCAGCACCAUCCUGGACUGCCUGGAGGAGCCUGUGGACACCUCAGUGCUGCACACCAUGGAUGCCAUUGUCAUUGAGUGGUCCCACCAGAUCAGAGACAUCCUGAGCAAGGACUCGUCGCAGCCACUGCUGGAGGGGCUGCACCCCCUGCCCAGGACUGAGUUUGAGUUCUGGCAGACCAGGGUGGUCAAUCUGCAGUGUCUCAAUGACCAGCUGCUCUCGCCCCAAGUGACAGCACUAGCUGAGACGCUGGAGAAGGCCAACAGCUGCUACUGGCCAGCGCUCCAGAGCAUCUUCAGGACUGUCAGUGCCAACCUGGAGGAAGCCAGAGACAUCAGCCUCCACCUGCAGCCACUUCGGGUCCUGCUGGAAGAGAUGGAGCAAGCUGAUUACUCCCAGCUGCAGCCCUACGUGGACAGGAUGCUGUGCACCAUCCGCCUGCUCCGCGCUCACUGCCCGCACUACAGCUCACCCUCCCACACCAGCAUCCUCCUGAGGGAGAUCUGCAACCUCCUUAUGGAGAUGACCUGUAAAUUCCUGAGCCCUGAGGACCUGAUGAAAGAGCUGCAAGGAGAAACCGAAGAGGCCUUAGCAAGGAUCAGGCUGAGCAUUUCCAUCAUAGAGAAGCUCUUCCAGUCCUACAGCACUCUCUGCUCCAACCCAACGCCCACGCUGUUCCAGGAGGAGCCACAGCUCUGGGACUCCCCCCAGUCCCCUGUCUUCAACAGAAUAGACUCCUUCCUGCAGAGGCUCCAAACCAUGGAGGAGCUGUACCAGACAUCUAUCGAGUUUCUGAAGCUGGAGAAGGCAGAGAUGGGUGGAGUGAGAGGGAACCUCCAUGGGAGCCAGGUGUUGCAGAUCUACGAGGAGGUCUCUGAACUCAUCAAGAGUUUAGCUGACUGCAAAUACGAUCCCUUAGAUCCCACAGACGAGCAAUUGAACAAAGACUUUGCAGAGUUCCAGAAGAAGAUUCAGGAUGUGGACACGAGGUUGGCCACCAUCCUCUGCCGAGGCUUUGAGGACUGCAACUGCCUGGCAUCUGCUUUGAAGCUGGUGCACAUGUUUGCCUUCAUGCUGGAGCGGCCUCUGAUAAAGGCUGAGGUUUCCCCCUAUUACCAAUCCCUGCUGGGGAUGUUCAAGGCCGAGCUGGAGGCCGUGAAGGUGCUGUAUGAUGCCCAGACCUCCAGCCCGCCACCAGGCCCGGCCCUGCACCGCAACAUGCCGCCCGUGGCUGGGCAGCUGAAGUGGGCUCUGGAGCUGCAGCAGCGGCUGGAGGGGCAGCACCAGGACCUGUUUGCCAUCAGCCACCCGGUGAUGGUCAGUGCUGAAGCCAAACUGGUGUCCGAGAAGUACAAAGAAAUGAUGGAGCUGCUGCAGCGUUACCGUGAGAAGGUCUAUGAGGAGUGGGCACACGGAGCCGUGCAGGACUGCCACUUCAGCCUGGAGCAGCCCCUGAUCCUGAGGGACCCCGAAUCUUCCCUCCUCAGCGUCAACUUCAGCAAAGAGCUCGUUGCUGUUCUGCGGGAGGUGAAGUACUUGACCUUCCAGCAGCAGGAGGAAAUCCCAAGCAGUGCCAAAAGCCUCUUUGCUCAAAACGAGACUCUCCAGAAGUUUGUGGACAGCCUGGAUCUUAUCGUUGGCUGGUACAAUGAGGUGAAGGGGAAGCUGCUGCCCGUGGAGCUCUCGCUGGUGUCGGAGGAGCUGACGGCGGUGGACGGGCAACUGGCUAGUGCAGAGCAGACCCUGUUUUGGAACGAUGAAGGUGUCGUGGAGUACAUCCAAGAGAUGAGAGAGAGCCUGUAUAACCUGCAGACCCGCAUCCAGAAAGCAAAAUUAAACCUGGAAACUAUCACCCAGCUGAUGGAGGACUGCUCGGCUGCUCCCCUCUUCGAAAGGAAAGACAACAAAGAGACAACGCUCUUGGACCUGGAUGGGAAAGCUGCCACCUUAACCAGGCGCUGUGCUGCCAUCAGGGAUGUGGGUGCAAAGAUCCAGGAGCUGGUGGAGGAGAAUGCAGGUCUGUUUAGGGCUGACAAGUCAUCUCAGCAAUGGCAGGACUACGUGGACUACGCAGACAGAAUCGUGCUGGAAAAACUCUUCAGACUUGUCCACAAAUCUCUGCAGCUGCUGCGAACCAACAUGAGCCCUGAGGCUGACGUGGCCCCGCUGCUGGAGGUGCGCAUGGAGCUGUGUGACAGCAGGCUGCAGUACCGGCCCUCCCUGGAGGUGGGAGUUGACAACAGCCUCUUGGAGCUGAUGGAGUCUCUGCUCAGUGAUACCUACAAACCUGCAGCCUGUGUGCCCCGGCUGCUGGCGGGGAAGCUGAGCUACAAGACCACGUUGGAGGAGGAGGAGAAGCUCACCAGGCUGCAGGAGGAGGUGCUGUCACUGGUGGUCAGUGCCAUGGCAGAGGGCGAGGAGUACAGCACCAGCUUUGAGGACCAAGCCGACCUGUGGCUGGUGGAACCCGAGGAGUUCCUGCAGCAAUUCCUCACCUUGGGAAGUGUCUCCAGCCCCGAGGAGCUGGAGCUGUUGACAGAGCAGCAGCCAACCCCUGGCCUCCCGUCCCUCCAGCUCUUUCAGCAGGAGAUUGACGCGUGCAAGGGCCUGUGUGAGGAGGUGUCAGAGAUCCCCAACACCAAGGUGUUUGGAGGGUGGCUGCGGAGCGACUGCCGCCCCUUCAAGCAGGUGCUGCUGAGCAACAUCAAGCAGCGGAGCCUGGCGCUCCGGCAGCACCUCGCCAGCCACGUCACCACCAGUCUCCAGGAGCUGAAGGAUUUCAUCCAAAAGACAAACGCCAGCUUGAGUAAACCUUUGAAGGAGGGAGACUAUGAUGGGCUGGUGGAGGUGAUGAAGCAGCUGCUGAGCGUGAAGGAGAGGCAAACAGCAACCGACAGCAUGUUUGAGCCCCUGAAGGAGACAAUUGCUCUGCUCAGCACUUAUGGAGAUGAGCUGCCAGAGGAGAUCCACCUGCAGCUCCACGACCUCCCCGAGCACUGGGAUGCCACCAAGAAGCUCUGCCUGCGGGUCAAGCAGAGCGCGGCCCCUCUGCAAGCCAUCGAGGUCAACAGCAUCCACAAGAAAUGCCAGCAGUUUGAGGUCCAGCAGCUCUCCUUCCGCGAGAGGUUCCAGGAAAAAGCCCCUUUCUCAUACACUGACCCAAACCCCUACAAGUCCUUGAAAAAGCAACAGAGGCGGAUUGCAGCCAUGGAGAGGGACAUGGCAGCCCUGGCCGAGUCAGCCGGGCUGUUUGAGGUGUUGGUCCCAGAAUACAAGCAGCUCAAGGCGUGUCGCAGGGAGGUGCACUUGCUGAAGGAGCUCUGGGACAUGAUUGUCCUGGUUAACACCAACUUUGAUGACUGGAAGACCACAAGGUGGAAGGACAUCGACGUCGAGCAGAUGGAUCUCGAUUGUAAGAAAUUUGCUAAAGACAUUCGGAGUCUGGAUAAGGAGAUGAGAAGCUGGGAUGCAUUCACAGGGCUGGACAACAGCGUGAAGAACAUGAUGACGUCCCUGCGCGCCGUGAAUGAGCUGCAGAACCCGGCCAUCAGGGACCGGCACUGGCAGGAGCUCACACGGGAAACCGAGGUGACCUUCACCAUGUCUAAGGACACAACUCUCGCAGAUCUGCUGCAGCUGAACCUGCACAAGUUCGAGGAUGAAGUUCGUGGCAUCGUGGACAAAGCUGUGAAAGAGGCAGCGAUGGAGAAGGUGCUGAACGCCCUGGAGACUACCUGGGCAACGAUGCAGUUUGAGCACGAGCCCCACCCCAGGACUGGCAUCAUGCUGCUCAAGUCGGACGAGGUGCUCAUCGAGACGCUGGAAGACAACCAAGUGCAGCUGCAGAACCUGAUGACCUCCAAGCACCUGACCUUCUUCCUUCAGAAGAUAACAGACUGGCAGCAGAAGCUGUCAACCGCUGACUCCAUCAUCAGCAUCUGGUUUGAGGUGCAGAGGACGUGGAGUCACCUGGAAAGCAUCUUCAUCGGCUCCGAAGACAUCCGCAGUCAGCUGGUGGAGGACUCCAAGCGUUUUGAUGCCAUUGAUCGCGAUUUCAAGGAAUUAAUGGCUGAUGCGGUGAAAACUCCCAACGUGAUCAAAGUGACCAACAAGGCCGGGCUGCUGGGCAGGCUGGAGGAGCUGCAGGGACGGCUGGCGGUCUGUGAGAAGGCUUUGGCCGAAUACCUUGAGACCAAAAGGCUGGCUUUUCCCAGAUUCUACUUUGUUUCCUCUGCAGACCUGCUGGAUAUUUUAUCUAAUGGCAACGAGCCAGUGGAGGUGUCCCGACAUCUGCCCAAACUGUUUGACAGUUUGGCUAAACUGAAUUUCAAGAAGAGUCCAGACAAAAAGCCUCUGAAGGUUGGGCUGGAGAUGGUCAGCAGGGACAAGGAGUGUGUGCCCCUCAACGCAGAAUGCGACUUGUCUGGCCAGGUGGAGGUCUGGCUGAACCGGGUGCUGGAGAGCAUGCGCUGCACCCUGCGGCAGCUCAUCCCCAAGGCCUUGCUCACCUACGAGGAGAAGCCGAGGGAGCAGUGGGUGUUUGACUACCCAGCACAGGUUGCUCUGACAUGCACCCAGAUCUGGUGGACCACAGAGGUCGGCAUUGCCUUUUCCAGGCUGGAGGAAGGCUACGAGAAUGCCAUGAAGGAUUACAACAAAAAGCAGAUUGCUCAGCUAAACGCCCUGAUUUCACUGCUCAUCGGGGACCUGAAUCCUGGGGACAGGAUGAAGAUCAUGACAAUCUGCACCAUCGAUGUCCACGCCAGGGACGUUGUGGCCAAAAUGAUCCUUGCGAAGGUGGAGAGCGCCCAGGCGUUCACCUGGCAGUCGCAGCUGCGGCACCGCUGGGACGAGGGCGGGAGGCACUGCUACGCCAACAUCUGCGACGCGCAGCUGCAGUACGCCUACGAGUACCUGGGCAACACGCCGCGGCUGGUCAUCACCCCGCUGACGGACCGGUGCUACAUCACCCUGACACAGUCCCUCCACCUCUACAUGGGGGGGGCCCCGGCCGGCCCCGCAGGCACUGGGAAGACGGAGACCACCAAGGACCUGGGCCGGGCAGUGGGCAUGAUGGUCUAUGUCUUCAACUGCUCCGAGCAGAUGGACUACAAGUCCUGCGGGAACAUCUACAAGGGCCUGGCUCAGACCGGUGCCUGGGGCUGUUUCGACGAGUUCAACCGCAUUUCAGUGGAGGUUCUGUCCGUGAUCGCUGUGCAGGUGAAAUGUGUUCAGGAUGCAAUUCGUGCCAAGAAGAAAACGUUCAAUUUCCUUGGGGAGAUGAUCACACUGGUGCCCUCGGUUGGGCUGUUCAUCACCAUGAACCCCGGCUACGCAGGACGGACAGAACUGCCCGAGAACUUGAAAGCUCUGUUCAGACCCUGUGCCAUGGUGGUGCCAGACUUCGAACUGAUCUGUGAAAUCAUGCUUGUUGCAGAAGGUUUUAUUGAUGCUAAGCUUCUAGCAAGGAAGUUCAUUACUUUGUACACACUCUGCAAAGAGCUACUGUCUAAACAGGACCACUAUGACUGGGGUCUGCGGGCUAUCAAGUCCGUGUUGGUGGUGGCCGGUUCCUUGAAGAGAGGGGACCCUGACUGUGCCGAGGACCAAGUUCUGAUGAGAGCUUUACGAGACUUCAACAUCCCCAAGAUUGUGACAGAUGACUUACCUGUCUUCAUGGGGCUGAUAGGGGAUCUGUUCCCAGCACUGGAUAUCCCCAGGAAGAGGGACCUCGACUUUGAGAAGGUCAUCAAGCAGUCCAUUCUGGAGCUGAAGCUGCAGCCGGAGGAGAGCUUUGUGCUGAAGGUGGUGCAGCUGGAGGAGCUGCUGCGAGUGAGACACUCGGUCUUUGUCAUCGGCAACACUGGCUGUGGCAAGUCCCAGGUGCUGAGGUCACUCAACAAGACCUACCAGAGCUUGAAGCGGCAGCCGGUCACUGUGGACCUUGACCCCAAGGCUGUGACCUGCGAUGAGCUGUUUGGGGUUAUUCAUCCAGCCACGCGAGAGUGGAAGGACGGUCUGUUCUCCUCAAUGAUGCGUGAUCUGGCCAACAUCACACAUGAGGGGCCCAAGUGGAUCAUCCUCGAUGGAGACAUUGACCCCAUGUGGAUCGAGUCGCUGAACACAGUCAUGGAUGACAAUAAGGUCCUCACCUUGGCCAGCAACGAGCGCAUCCCUCUCAACAACUCCAUGCGGCUCCUCUUCGAGAUCAGCCACCUGCGGACGGCCACGCCGGCCACCGUGUCCCGGGCAGGGAUCCUCUACAUCAACCCCACGGACCUGGGCUGGAACCCCAUUGUGACCAGCUGGAUCGAGACAAGGACAGUGCAGUCUGAGAAGGCCAAUUUGAUGAUCCUUUUUGACAAGUACCUGCCGGUGUGCCUAGAGAAGCUCAAGUCUGGAUUCAAGAAGAUCACGCCGGUCCCUGAGGUGUCAGUUAUCCAGAUGGUGCUGUACCUGCUGGAGUGCCUCCUGACGCCGCAGACCGUCCCGCCAGACUCGCCCCGGGAGCUCUAUGAGCUCUAUUUCGUCUUCGCUUGCACCUGGGCCUUCGGAGGGGCCAUGUUCCGGGACCAGCUCAUGGAUUACCGCCUGGAGUUCAGCAAGUGGUGGGUGAAUGAGUUUAAAACCGUCAAGUUUCCUUCCACGGGGACAAUUUUUGAUUAUUUCAUUGAUCCGGUAACAAAGAAAUUCAUGCCCUGGACUGAAAAAGUGCCAAAGUUCACCCUGGAUCCCGAAGUCCCUUUACAGGCCUCCGUGGUGCACACAACCGAGACCAUCUGCAUCCGCUACUUCAUGGACCUGCUGAUGGCGAAGCAGCGCCCGGUGAUGCUGGUGGGGAACACGGGCACGGGGAAGUCGGUCCUGAUGCGGGACAAGCUGGAAGCGCUCAGCACAGACGAGUACCUCGUGCAGUCCGUGCCCUUUAACUUCUACACCACCUCGGCCAUGCUGCAGGCUGUCCUUGAGAAGCCCCUGGAGAAGAAAUCCGGGAGGAACUACGGCCCACCCGGGACCAAGAGGCUCAUCUACUUCAUCGAUGACAUGAACAUGCCAGAGGUGGACAAGUAUGGCACGGUGGCACCGCACACGCUCAUCCGGCAGCACAUGGACCACGGCCACUGGUACGACAGGAACAAACUGACUCUGAAGGACAUUCAAAACUGCCAGUAUGUGGCCUGCAUGAACCCGACUGCGGGGUCCUUCACCAUCGACUCCAGGCUGCAGCGCCACUUCUGUGUGUUCGCCGUGAGCUUCCCCGGGCAGGAGGCUCUGCUGACCGUGUACAGCACCAUCCUGGCUCAGCACCUGGCCCUGCAGCGGAUGCCCACGGCUGUCCAGAACCUGCAGCCCCAGCUGGUAGCAGCAGCACUGGCCCUCCACCAGACAGUCGCCUCCACCUUCUUGCCAACAGCCAUCAAGUUCCACUACCUCUUCAACCUCCGGGACCUCUCCAGCAUCUUCCAGGGGCUGCUGUUCUCCACCCCCGAAUGCCUGAAGAGUCCCAUGGACUUGGUGCGUCUCUGGCUGCACGAAGCCGAGCGGGUGUACGGAGACAAACUCGUUGAUGAAAAGGAUCAGAAAAGCUUUGGGAAGAUGUUGGCAGACACCUGCAGGAAGUUCUUUGAUGAUCUCAGCAAAGAUGUGGUGUUUGCCAAGCCCAACAUCUACUGCCACUUUGCCCAGGGCAUGGGGGACCCCAAGUACCUGCCAGUGCCGAGCUGGCCGGCUCUGAACAAACUGCUGGUGGAUGCCUUGGACAGCUACAACGAGAUGAACGCAGCCAUGAACCUGGUGCUCUUUGAAGAUGCCGUGUCUCACAUUUGCAGAAUCAGUCGUAUCUUGGAGUCCCCCCGGGGCAACGCGCUGCUGGUGGGGGUGGGAGGCAGUGGGAAGCAGAGCCUGGCGCGGCUGGCAGCCUACAUCAGCAGUCUGGACGUGUUUCAGAUUACUCUGAGGAAAGGCUAUGGCAUCCCAGACCUGAAGCUGGACCUUGCCUCCCAGUACAUGAAGGCAGCCGUGAAGAACAUCCCCACCGUGUUCCUGAUGACAGACUCCCAAGUUGCUGACGAAUCGUUCCUGGUCCUAAUCAAUGACUUCUUGGCAUCUGGGGAGGUGCCAGGGCUCUUUCAGGAUGAUGACCUGGAAAGCAUUAUCAGUGCCAUGAGGCCCCAAGUGAAGUUCCUUGGGCUGCAAGACACAAGGGAAAACUGCUGGAAAUUGUUCAUAGAAAAAGUCAGGCGGCAGUUAAAGGUCAUCCUCUGCUUCUCCCCCGUGGGCUCAACCCUGCGGGUGCGGGCACGGAGGUUCCCAGCUGUGGUCAACUGCACGGCCAUCGACUGGUUCCACGAGUGGCCGGAGGACGCGCUGGUGUCCGUCAGCAGCAGGUUCCUGGAGGAAACGGGGGACAUCGAGCCCCAGGUCAAGGUCUCCAUCAGCCAGUUCAUGUCCUACGUCCACAUGAGCGUUAAGGAGAUGUCCAAGACCUACCUGGCCACAGAGAGACGCUACAAUUACACCACACCAAAGACCUUCCUGGAGCAGAUAAAGCUUUACCAAAACCUGCUGUCGAAGAAACGGAGCGAGCUCACUGCCAAGAUCGAGAGGCUGGAGAAGGGGCUGACAAAGCUGCAGAGCACAACGUCACAGGUGGAUGACCUGAAAGCCAAGCUGGCGGUCCAGGAGGCAGAGCUGAAGCAGAAGAACGAGGAUGCAGAUAAACUGAUCCACGUGGUGGGUGUCGAGACGGAGAAGGUCAGCAAGGAGAAAGCCAUCGCUGAUGAGGAAGAGAUGAAGGUCGAGGCCAUCAACAAGAACGUGGCUGAGAAGCAGCGAGCCUGUGAGACUGACCUGGCGAAAGCAGAGCCGGCACUCGUGGCUGCCCAGGAGGCCCUCGACACACUCAACAAGAACAACCUGACAGAGCUGAAGUCCUUCGGGUCCCCGCCGCAGGCGGUGGUGAACGUGACAGCAGCUGUGAUGGUCCUGACGGCGCCCAAGGGCAAGAUACCGAAGGAUAAGAGCUGGAAGGCAGCAAAAGUCAUGAUGGGGAAAGUAGACACUUUCCUUGACAGCUUGAAGAAGUUUGACAAGGAGCACAUCCCCGAGCCGUGCCUCAAGGCGUUCCAGCCCUACCGCUCCGACCCCACCUUCGAUCCCGAGUUCAUCAUGUCCAAGUCCACGGCCGCUGCAGGCCUGUGCUCCUGGUGCCUCAACAUCGUCCGGUUCUACGAGGUGUACUGCGAGGUGGAGCCCAAGAGGCAGGCGCUGGAGGAGGCCAACGCCGAGCUGGCCGAGGCGCAGGACAAGCUCCGUCGCAUUAAGAACAAAGUUGCUGACCUGAAUAACAACCUGGCAGCUCUCACGGCAGAAUUUGAGAAAGCUACAGCUGAAAAAAUCAAAUGUCAGCAGGAGGCUGAUGCGACCAACAGAGUCAUCACCUUGGCAAACAGGCUCAUCGGGGGGCUGGCAUCCGAAAACGUGCGCUGGGCUGAGUCAGUGGAGAUGCUGAGAGAGCAGGAGCAGACCCUGUGCGGAGAUGUGCUGCUGAUCUCUGCCUUCGUGUCCUACCUCGGCUACUUCACCAAGAAGUACAGGGCUGAGCUCCUGGAGAAGCACUGGAUCCCCUUCCUCGGCAGGCUGGCGGUGCCCAUCCCCACCACGCCAGGGCUGGACCCCCUCAGCCUCCUCACAGACACGGCCGACGUGGCUGCCUGGAACAACCAGGGUCUGCCCAGCGACCGCACGUCCACCGAGAAUGCCACCAUCCUGUGCAACACGCAGCGCUGGCCCCUGGUGGUGGACGCUCAGCUCCAGGGCAUCAAGUGGAUCAAGAACAAGUACAAGGAGGAGCUGCAGGCCAUCCGCCUGGGCCAGAGGAGUUACCUGGAGACCAUCGAGCGGGCGGUUUCCGAAGGACAGACGCUGCUGAUCGAGGAUGUCGGUGAGACGGUGGAGCCGGUGCUGGACAACCUCCUGGGCAGGAACACCACCAAGAAGGGCAGAUACAUUAGGAUUGGAGAUAAAGAAGUGGAGUAUCACCCGCACUUCCGCCUGAUUCUGCACACCAAGUAUUCCAACCCUCACUACAAGCCAGAGGUGCAGGCUCAGUGCACCCUCAUCAACUUCCUGGUGACCCGGGAGGGACUGGAGGACCAGCUCCUGGCUGCCGUGGUGGCCAAAGAGCGGCCAGACCUGGAGACCCUGAAGGCAAACCUCACCAAGAGCCAGAACGAGUUCAAGAUCAGGCUGAAGGAGCUGGAGGAUUCCCUGCUCGCCCGGCUGUCUGCUGCCACGGGGAACUUCCUGGGGGACACGGCGCUGGUGGAGAACCUGGAAACAACGAAGCGCACGGCCAUGGAAAUUGAGGAAAAGGUGAAAGAAGCAAAAGUCACCGAGGUCCAAAUUAACGUCGCUAGAGAGAACUACAGGCCAGCGGCAGAGCGAGCGUCCCUGCUGUACUUCAUCCUGAGUGACCUCAACAAGAUCAACCUCAUGUACCAGUUCUCUCUCAAGGCAUUCAACAGGGUCUUUGAGAAAGCCAUUCAGCGCACGGCCCCCGACGAGGACAUCAAGCAAAGGGUGAUCAACCUGAUGGAGGAGAUCACCUACUCAGUCUAUGUGUACACUGCACGGGGGCUGUUUGAGAGAGACAAACUCAUAUUCCUGGCCCAGGUCACCUUCCAGGUCCUGGCAAUCAAGAAAGAAGUGAACCCAGCAGAGCUGGACUUUCUUCUGCGCUUCCCUUCCAAGGCCGGUGUCACGUCCCCCGUGGACUUCCUGCAGCCCCAGGGCUGGGGUGGCAUCAAGGUGCUCUCGGAAAUGGAAGAGUUCAGGAACUUGGACAGUGACAUCAAGGGCUCGGCCAAGCGGUGGAAGAAGUUUGUGGAGUCCGAGGUGCCGGAGAAGGAAGUGUUCCCCCAGGAGUGGAAGAACAAGUCAGCUGUGCAGAAGCUGUGCAUGCUGCGGUGCAUGCGGCCGGACAGGAUGACCUACGCCAUCAGGAACUUUGUAGAAGAGAAGAUGGGGAGCAGGUUCGUGGAAGGCAGGAGCGUUGACCUGUCCAAGGCGUACAAGGAGAGCAGCCCCUCCACGCCCCUCUUCUUCAUCCUCUCCCCCGGCGUCGACCCGCUGAAAGACGUGGAGGCCCUGGGCAGAACCCUGAACUUCACCAUCGACAACGGGAGGAUCCACAACGUGUCGCUGGGACAGGGCCAGGAGGCCGUGGCAGAACAAGCCCUGGAGGUGGCAGCUGCCGAGGGCCACUGGGUCAUCCUGCAGAACAUCCACCUGGUAGCCCGGUGGCUGGGCACGCUGGAGAAGACGGUGGAGCAGCACAGCCUGGACAGCCACAGCGACUACCGUGUGUUCAUGAGCGCCGAGCCUGCCGCCAGCCCCGAGGCUCACAUCAUCCCCCAGGGACUGCUGGAAGACGCCAUCAAAAUCACCAACGAGCCCCCGACGGGCAUGUACGCCAACGUGCACAAAGCCCUCGACCUCUUCACCCAGGACACGUUAGAGAUGUGCAGCAAAGAAAUCGAGUUCAAAUGCAUCCUGUUUGCUCUCUGUUACUUCCACGCUGUGGUGGCUGAGCGGCGCAAGUUCGGCGCCCAGGGCUGGAACAGACCCUACCCCUUCAACAACGGGGACCUGACCAUCUCCAUCAACGUGCUCUACAACUACCUGGAGGCAAACCCCAAGGUACCGUGGGAUGAUCUCCGGUACCUCUUUGGUGAGAUCAUGUACGGGGGCCACAUCACGGACGACUGGGACCGCCGGCUGUGUCGGACGUACCUGAGCGAAUACAUCUGUGAGGAGAUGCUGGAAGGGGAGGUGUACUUGGCUCCAGGCUUUCAGAUUCCUCCCAGCCUGGAUUACAAGGGCUACCACCAGUACAUCGACGACAACCUGCCCCCCGAGAGCCCCUACCUGUACGGCCUCCACCCCAACGCCGAGAUUGGCUUCCUCACCGUCACCUCCGACCGGCUCUUGCAGACCGUGCUGGAAAUGCAGCCCAAGGAGUCGGACGCUGCCGGAGGCUCAGGCGUCUCCCGGGAGGAAAAGGUGAAGUCGGUCCUUGACGACAUCAUGGAGAAGCUGCCCGAACCGUUCAACAUGGCAGAGAUCAUGGCAAAAGCAGCAGACAAGACCCCCUAUAUAGUAGUUGCCUUCCAGGAAUGUGAGAGGAUGAACAUCCUGACCCAUGAGAUGAGGCGCUCCUUGAAGGAGCUGGACUUGGGACUGAAGGGCGAGCUGACGAUCACAGCUGACAUGGAGGAGCUGUCACACGCUCUCUUCUACAACACAGUCCCGGCCUCCUGGACGCGUUACGCUUACCCCUCGCUGCUGGGCCUGGGCGCCUGGUACACAGACCUGCUGCUGCGGGCCAGGGAACUGGAAGUCUGGACAACAGACUUUGUGCUGCCUGCAACAGUGUGGCUGUCAGGAUUCUUCAACCCCCAGUCCUUCCUCACGGCUAUCAUGCAGUCCACAGCCAGGAAAAACGAAUGGCCUCUGGACAAGAUGUGUCUGUCGGUGGAUGUGACCAAGAAAAGCCGUGAGGAGAUAACAGCUCCGCCCCGAGAAGGCACCUACGUGCAUGGAUUAUUCAUGGAAGGCGCGCGCUGGGACGUGCCCUCGGCAGCGCUGGCGGACGCGAGGCUGAAGGAGCUGACGCCCACCAUGCCCAUCCUCUUCAUCAGAGCCGUCCCUGCAGACCGCCUGGACACCACCAGCACCUACGAAUGUCCCGUCUAUAAGACGCGGAUGAGAGGUCCCACCUAUGUCUGGACUUUUAACCUGAAGACAAAAGAGAAAGCCGCCAAGUGGGUCCUCGCUGCUGUUGCUCUGCUCUUACAGAACUGAGCUCCAGCAGUUACAGGAAACAGCAAAUGCUUUUACUUGCAAAAACACCCAAAGUUGUGUAAUUUAGAUGAAGUUUGAUUGUACCAGAACUAUUUUAGCAAAGUACUAAUAAAACCAGCACUGGAGGCUGCUCCUCCAGGACGUGGAGUUU